AUGGAGAACAGUCACCCCCCCCACCACCACCACCAGCAGCCCCCACCGCAGCCCGGCCCUUCGGGCGAGAGGAGGAACCACCAUUGGAGAAGUUACAAGUUGAUGAUUGACCCGGCUUUGAAAAAGGGGCAUCAUAAACUGUACCGCUACGAUGGGCAGCAUUUCAGCCUGGCGAUGUCCAGCAACCGCCCGGUGGAAAUUGUCGAAGAUCCCCGGGUCGUCGGGAUCUGGACCAAAAACAAGGAGCUGGAGCUGUCGGUGCCCAAAUUCAAAAUCGAUGAGUUCUAUGUGGGCCCGGUGCCUCCGAAGCAGGUGACAUUUGCCAAGCUGAAUGAUAACAUCCGUGAAAACUUCCUGAGGGACAUGUGCAAGAAGUAUGGGGAGGUGGAGGAGGUGGAGAUUUUGUACAAUCCCAAGACCAAGAAGCACUUGGGCAUCGCCAAAGUGGUCUUUGCCACGGUCAGGGGAGCCAAGGAGGCNGUUCAGCACUUGCACAGCACUUCGGUCAUGGGCAAUAUCAUCCACGUGGAGCUGGACACCAAAGGGGAAACCCGCAUGCGGUUCUACGAACUGUUGGUCACGGGCCGAUACACACCCCAAACCCUCCCAGUGGGUGAGCUGGAUGCUGUCUCUCCAAUCGUGAAUGAGACCCUGCAGCUGUCAGAUGCCCUGAAGCGCCUCAAAGAUGGUGGUCUGUCUGCAGGCUGUGGCUCUGGCUCAUCCUCUGUCACCCCCAAUAGUGGUGGGACACCCUUCUCCCAGGACACUGCUUAUUCCAGCUGCCGCUUGGACACGCCCAACUCCUACGGACAGGGCACACCGCUCACACCGCGCCUGGGCACCCCCUUCUCGCAGGACUCCAGCUACUCCAGCCGCCAGCCCACACCCUCCUACCUCUUCAGCCAGGACCCCACAGCGACCUUCAAGGCUCGGCGCCACGAGAGCAAGUUCACGGACGCCUACAACCGCCGCCACGAGCAUCAUUAUGUCCACAACUCUUCUGCAGUCACCGCAGUGGCAGGGGCCACAGCCACCUUCAGGGGCUCUGUGGACCUCCCAUUCGGGGCAGUCAGCAGCAGUGGGGGCGGCAGUGGCCCUCCAUUCAAGGCCCAGCCACAGGAUUCAGCCACAUUUGCCCACACUCCACCGCCUACCCAAGCAGCCUCCGCUCCUGGAGUCACAUUCAAGUCGGCUUUCUCUCCAUAUCAGACUCCUGUACCCCCUUUCCCCCCGCCCCCCGAGGAGCCCGCUGCCGCAACCCCCUUUGGGGCCCGUGACAGUGGGGAGUUCCGGAGAGUACCUGUGCCCCCACCCCUGCCGCCCACUGAGCCCCUGACGAAGGAGAAGCCAGGCACACCACCUGGACCCCCGCCCCCUGAUGCCAACAGCAUGGAGCUGGGCGGCCGGCCGACCUUUGGCUGGAGCCCUGAGCCCUGUGACAGUCCUGGUACGCCCACGCUGGAGUCAUCGCCUGCAGGGCCCGAGAAGCCCCAUGACAGCCUGGACUCACGGAUCGAGAUGCUGCUGAAGGAGCAGCGCACCAAGCUGCCCUUCCUUCGGGAGCAGGACUCAGACACCGAGCUGCAGAUGGAGGGCAGCCCUAUCUCCUCCUCCUCCUCCCAGCUCUCCCCACUGGCCCCCUUUGGCGCUAACUCUCAGCCUGGCUUUCGAGGCCCCACACCACCCUCCUCACGCCCAUCCAGCACCGGCCUGGAGGACAUCAGUCCCACACCACUGCCCGACUCGGAUGAGGAUGAUGAGCUUGACCUGGGCCUGGGGCCCCGGCCCCCACCUGAGCCAGGCCCCCCAGACCCUACUGGUCUUCUGGGUCAGACAACUGAGGUGGCCUUGGACCUGGCUGGAGACAGGACCCCAACCUCAGAGAAGAUGGAUGAGGGGCAGCAGUCCUCGGGGGAGGACAUGGAGAUCUCAGAUGAUGAGAUGCCCUCGGCCCCCAUCACCAGUGCUGACUGCCCCAAGCCCAUGGUGGUGACCCCCGGGACGGGGGCUGUGGCAGCUCCCUCCGUGCUGGCCCCGACCUUGCCGCUGCCCCCGCCCCCUGGCUUCCCACCACUGCCCCCACCACCCCCGCCGCCCCCAGCCCACCCCGCUGUGACAGUGCCCCCGCCACCGCUGCCAGCACCACCGCCCGGUGUCCCACCCCCGCCCAUUCUGCCGCCGCUGCCGCCCUUCCCGCCGGGGCUGUUUCCCGUGAUGCAGGUGGACAUGAGCCAUGUGCUGGGUGGCCAGUGGGGCGGCAUGCCCAUGUCCUUCCAGAUGCAGACGCAAAUGCUGAGCCGUCUGAUGACGGGCCAGGGCGCUUGCCCCUACCCGCCCUUCAUGGCCGCCGCAGCCGCAGCCGCCUCCGCUGGGCUGCAGUUCGUCAACCUGCCGCCCUACCGGGGCCCCUUCUCCCUUAGCAACACUGGCCCCGGCCGCGGGCAGCCCUGGCCACCCCUGCCCAAGUUUGACCCGUCAGUGCCGCCACCAGGCUACGUGCCACGCCAGGAGGACCCGCAUAAGGCCACGGUGGACGGCGUCCUGCUGGUGGUGCUCAAAGAGCUCAAGGCCAUCAUGAAGCGGGACCUGAACCGCAAGAUGGUGGAGGUGGUGGCCUUCCGGGCCUUCGACGAGUGGUGGGACAAGAAGGAGCGGAUGGCCAAGGCCUCGCUGACCCCGGUGAAGUCCGGCGAGCACAAGGACGAGGACAGGCCGAAGCCCAAGGACCGCAUCGCCUCCUGCCUGCUGGAGUCGUGGGGCAAGGGCGAGGGCCUGGGCUACGAGGGCCUGGGCCUAAGCAUUGGGCUGCGCGGGGCCAUCCGCCUGCCCUCCUUCAAGGUCAAGAGGAAAGAGCCGCCGGACACCGCCUCAUCUGGCGACCAGAAGCGGUUGCGACCCUCAGCCUCCGUGGAUGAGGAGGAUGAAGAGUCUGAGCGGGAGCGGGACCGCGACAUGGCGGAUGCCCCCUGUGAGCUCGCCAAGCGGGACCCCAAGGGCGUGGGUGUGCGGCGGCGGCCAGCCCGGCCCCUGGAGCUGGACAGUGGCGGGGAGGAGGACGAGAAGGAGUCGCUGUCGGAGGAGCGAGAAAGCGCGGAGGAGGAGGGGGAGGGGGAGGAGGAGGAGGGGGAGGAGGAUGACGAUGAUGAAGACAGUGACGACAGGGACGAGUCUGAGAAUGACGACGAGGACGCAGCCCCGUCGGAGAUGAGUGAGAAGGAAGAAGGGGACUCAGAUGGAGAGGAGACAGUGAGCAUCGCCACCUCCAAGGCCGGAGCUGAGUCCUCCAGUGAGAGCUCUGAGUCUUCUGACUUCGAAUCAAGCUCCGGGUCCUCCUCGUCACCCUCCGAGGAUGAAGAAGAACUGGCAGCCGGGGAGGGAGAGGAGGCGGGAGGGGAGGAGGCGGCCGCAGAGGAAAGCGUGGCUCCCGCUGCCCCUGACGAGGGCUUUGAGGACGUGGCCACAGGAGCAUCCGCGACCGAGUCACUGGUGCCAGAAGAGGAGGUGGACAUCGAGGCUGAGGAUGAAGCCUCCGAGGCGCGGACCCCAAUGCUGGAAGAGCCCCCCUUGCCUGUGGGUGUCGAGGAGCUGGCUGGCUGCAAGGAGCCCCCUGACGAGCCAGGCCUGAACCAGGAAGGGGCCAGGUUGCUGUCUCCAGAGCCCCCUGCUGGAGAGAUGGAGGCCCGGCCCCUGCCAUCCCCGGAGCCCACCCCAGAGAACAACCUGGAAGCGGAGCCUGCGCCCCCUGCGCUGCUCUCCUUAUCCCUGCAGCCACCGUUGCCGCCCGCUCGACCACCCCGGCCACCCAGCCCACCACCAGAGCCCGAGACCCCAGACCUCCCGCUCCCAACAGUCCCUCUGGAGCCUCCCCGUGAGGACCGGCCCCCGCGUACUCCAGGCCUCUGUGGCAGCUUGGCCAAGUCGCAGAGCGCAGAGGCCGUGCCGGCCACACCGAGCGGGGAGCCCCUGCCGUCAGGGGGCAGCAGCGGUCUGCCCCUGGGCUCCCCGCAGCUGCCAGGCAGCCCCUUCUCCUACCCAUCCCCAUCCCCCGGCUUGAGCAGCGGGGGCCUCCCGAGGACACCUGGCCGGGACUUCAGCUUCACACCCACCUUCCCUGAGCCUGGUGGGCCCCUGCUCCUGCCUGUCUGUCCCCUCCCAGCUGGCCGGCGUGAUGACCGGUCUGGCCCCCUGGCCUCCCCUGUGCUCCUGGAGACAGGCCUGCCGCUCCCUCUGCCCUUGCCCUUGCCCCUGCCCUUGGCAUUGCCCGUACCCGUUCUGCGGGCCCAGACUCGGGCCCCCACCCAGCUGCCACCCCUGCUGCCUGCUCCGCUGGCCCCCUGCCCACCCCCCAUCAAGAGGAAGCCGGGCCGGCCCCGGCGAUCCCCGCCGGCUGUGCUCUCCUUGGAUGGGCCCUUGGUCCGGCCGCCAGGAGGGCCCCCCCUGGGCAGGGACCUCCUGCUUCUGCCAGGCCAGCCACAGACCCCUGUCUUCCCCAGCACCCACGACCCCCGGACCGUGACCCUGGACUUCCGGAACGCGGGGAUACCGGCUCCCCCCCCACCCUUGCCCCCACAGCCUCCUCCGCCCCCACCUCCGCCACCUGUUGAGCCCACCAAGCUGCCCUUUAAGGAGCUAGAGAACCAGUGGCCCUCCGAGGCCAUCCCUCCGGGUCCCCGUGGGCGCGACGAGGUCACCGAGGAGUUCAUGGACCUGGCCAAGGUGCGGGGGCCCUGGCGCCGGCCACCGAAGAAGCGCCACGAGGACCUAGUGGCCUCAGCCUCCCCCGAGCUCUCGCCGCCGCAGCCCCUCUUCCGGCCCCGCUCGGAAUUUGAGGAGAUGACCAUCCUGUAUGACAUCUGGAAUGGUGGCAUCGACGAGGAGGACAUCCGCUUCCUGUGUGUCACCUACGAGCGUCUGCUGCAGCAGGACAACGGCAUGGACUGGCUCAAUGACACGCUCUGGGUCUACCAUCCCUCCACCAGCCUCUCUUCAGCUAAGAAGAAGAAACGGGACGAUGGCAUCCGGGAGCACGUGACAGGCUGUGCCCGCAGCGAGGGCUUCUACACCAUCGACAAGAAGGACAAGCUCAGAUACCUCAACAGCAGCCGCGCCAGCACCGAUGAGCCCCCCACGGACACCCAGGGCAUGAGCAUCCCAGCGCAGCCUCACGCCUCCACACGGGCUGGCUCCGAGCGGCGUUCCGAGCAGCGCCGCCUGUUGUCCUCCUUCACUGGCAGCUGUGACAGUGACCUGCUCAAGUUCAACCAGCUCAAGUUCCGGAAGAAAAAGCUCAAAUUCUGCAAGAGUCACAUUCACGACUGGGGCCUGUUCGCCAUGGAGCCCAUUGCGGCCGAUGAGAUGGUCAUCGAGUACGUGGGCCAGAACAUCCGCCAGGUGAUUGCGGACAUGCGGGAGAAACGUUACGAGGACGAGGGCAUCGGUAGCAGCUACAUGUUCCGGGUGGACCACGACACCAUCAUCGACGCCACCAAGUGCGGCAACUUCGCGCGUUUCAUCAACCACAGCUGCAACCCCAACUGCUACGCCAAGGUCAUCACCGUGGAGUCGCAGAAGAAGAUCGUCAUUUACUCGAAGCAGCACAUCAGUGUCAACGAGGAGAUCACCUACGACUACAAGUUCCCCAUCGAGGACGUCAAGAUCCCCUGCCUCUGCGGCUCCGAGAACUGCCGGGGGACCCUCAACUAG